GUCCGGGCCGGGUCUCGCUCCGGGUGGUUUCGAUGUGCGUGUCGUCCUCGUCCUCGCACCGACCGACCGACUGACUCAAAUCGAAACGCAGCGCGACCCUCGACUGCCACCAGUUGAUUACCGCCGCCGAACCACCCCCCGCGCGUGAAGAACGGCCGCAUAUAUUAUCUCGCCACAUCGCGCGGAUCGACGCAUUUUGUACCGCGCGCGGAUCACGCGGCCACGCGUCAAUCAAUCAGGUGGCUGGCGACGAAAUUAUGCAAUUAAGACGCUCGCGGGGGCGAUGUGCGCGCGUGGGGUGCCUGUGGAGUCGCCUGUCAUCCGUUUGAAAAAUCGCGAGGGACCUUCUCUCCCAGUGCGUGCGAACGUGUGAGGUGACCUUAUAUUUGUUUGUGCAUGGUUCUGACACGUCUUCACUCAACGCCACAAUAUGCGACAACCUAAGAUGCGUGUUUUCCAAGAUCCCAAUCAAACGACAACGCACGCAGCCAACACACAAAUGUGCGCAAUAAAAAAUUGAAGCGCCCCUGAUGCCCAGCUCUCAUUCGGACCGUUGAACGUCGUUACCGACUCGAACAAGAUGUUGCCCUCGCACGUGAUGCACUUCAUGAAGAAGAUGGUGGAGACCACAGGUCCGGGCAACACAGCAGAGACAGCAGAAAGUGGGACGACAUUCGGCAAACUGAAGCAGACGUUAUCGUCGUCUUUAUUGACUGCACAAGACAAAGUAACAAAAAUGUCACCGAGACCAUCGAUUGUCCCCGACGUGGAAAGCACACCGACACCAGCGGAGGAGAAACCUCCACCUCCGAAUUCGCUACCAAUUCAACCGAAAACCGAGUCAGGCAAACGUCCCGGCGGGUGUCGGGUAUGUCUGAAGGCGAUAAAGCCAGAUGACUUUAGCCGCACGUGCGCGGAAUGUGCCAACAAGGUGUGCGACGAUUGCGCUUCGUAUAGCAUGAACACCGAGGACGACACCUCAUCGCGAUGGACAUGCAGUGUGUGCCGAAGAAAAAUUCAAUCAAGAGCAGCCAUGCAGCAGGAUUCAUCCGAGAGUCUGCUCGAGAUACCCACGCAGGAGAUUCAGCGGCGACAUUCGGACAUUCGUUUGGGAUCGUCAGGCGGAUUAACGCCGGGCGUCGGAAGUGGAUUAGCACCGCCAAGGAGUCCCGAGUUACGGCGACACUCGGAUGUAUCACCGGCGUCGCUGAAAGAACUUGAAAAGCUAAAAGGUCAAAAACCAUCCGAGUCUGAAUGGGCGAAACGUGGUGGUAGGAGUGGCGGUGCAAGCCGCGCAAAUAGUCCACCCCGUGACCAACCCCCUAGAGAAGCAGUCACACCCGCACGAUCCCGCCGUGGUAGCCGCAUAGGCCGUCAACAUAGUUAUGACGAAGAAGUGAAUAAAGCAGGCGGGGCACCUGCUAAUGAACUAGGGUUAGGUUUACCAGCGCCUAUGCCUCGUCGAGCUUCCGCUUACGAUGUCUUCACCGUACCGGGCUUAAGCACCGUAGCCACCCCUAACACUGGUAGGCGUGCUUCGUUUCGUGCGACGGAUCCACCCAGCCCGCCUAGUCCUGACACCGGUCCAGCACUAAUCAUCCCCGAGAACAAGGAGAGACGGAACAGCCGACGAGGAUCACAAUUACCAGAUAUUGGCGGCCUUCGAAAUGUGGUACCCCCACGACCUGCCCCGGCACUCGAAGACCUCGAAGCAGCACCACCAAGACGUCAGGCGUCCGUAGACGCCGAAGCAAUCCGAAUUGUAAUCCACGACGUCGAUUCCGGAACUGGCCCAGCCGCAGCACAACGAAGGGUUGUCCUUCGACGAGAUCCGUCGGAUAAAGCACAUCGCACACGUGGUUUCGGCAUGCGAGUAGUCGGCGGCAAGACAGCCCCCGACGGCCGCCUCUUCGCUUACAUCGUAUGGACAGUCCCAGGCGGCCCCGCCGAAAAAGGUGGCCUCCAACAAGGCGACAAAGUCCUCGAAUGGGGCGGCGUCUCACUGAUAGAUCGCUCCUUUGAGGAAGUCUGCAGUAUCAUGGACCGCACCGGCGACGUCAUCGAACUACUCGUGGAGCACGCCACUGAUUUACGCAUGUGCGACUUACUAGACGACCCAAUGCCACCGCCGCCCGUAACAGUCACGGUCCCAGUACCAGUGCCAAUGCAGCGGAAGACUUCCGAGGCGAACAUCAUUGCGCUGCACGUAGAACCGGAAAACGAAAAGGGCCCGUCGUCGCCGACACGCAGGAAACUUCCCAAAACACCGGAGCAGCUGGCAAGGGAGCGCACGGUGAGUGGUCGCGUUCAGCUGCAGGUCUGGUAUCACGACGAGCGGCGCGAGCUGGUGGUAGCGGUGCUCGCCGCCGACGAUUUGCCCCCUAGGGACGAGAAUCUCGGAUACGGCGCGCUGCCGGAGGCCUAUGCGAGGAUGUGCUUGAUGCCGCUGACCUGCGAACAGCACUGCCUGCAAACGGAGGUAGCGCCCGCCAGCCAGAACCCCAUCUGGAAUGCGAAUUUAUCAUUCCCGGGCGUGCCGGGCGACGAGCUAAUGGAACGCAUGCUCGACGUCACCCUCUGGGACCUGGUCCCACAUCAUGAGCAUGUCUUCCUCGGCGAAUGCACCGUAGACCUUCAGAAAGCCUUCCUGGAUGAUCGUGCCGUCUGGUGUCGUUUGGAAGACCCUCGACAGAUGCGUGGUCGUUCACCACAUACAUCCCCACGUGGAUCCAUCACAGGUCGUCGAUCAGAUUUCGGGAUUCAACGCAGUGUCUCCGAUGAUGUGGAUUCCAUAGGAGAAUGUGCAAGUCUGUUACAUCCGGACCACGCAUGGGGAUCACGCCGUGGGUCAUCACAGAGUGAACAACUGGAAGUGGAGGUUUAUCAGUUGGGGAAAGAUUUCUCAAGGUCUUUGCCUGGUUCAAGGCGGUCCAGUUUUCAGUCCGCACAGGAACAGCAGCAGGCUGAUGAUGCACCAGCAAUGCCACCGCCCAGUUCCAUGGCGAGGGAUCGACGUAGGAGUAGCUGCACGCGGAUGAUGCGCGAUCCGGAUGAGAUCCUCAAGAGUCUCAAGGCGGUCAAGGGAGAACUGGGUCGGACGAUGAGUCUGACGGGCGAGAAGCGCCAUCGAAGAUCGCCGAGCAUAACAUCAGCGGCGCGGAAGGACAGCGUGAAGGAAGUGCCCGAAACGAAAGAAACGCCGCCGUCAAGUCCGGAGAGAACAUCGCCGCCGCGUUUGGGACCUGGACAAAUCAAACCGCGAGGAUUUCGAUUGUCGAGCACGAAACCCGUCGAACUUAAGUUGGGAUUGUUGAUGACCAAGGGUCAAUUGGAGGUGGAAGUGCAAUGUGCCCGCCAUAUUGCCCCGCGCGAAACACCACCAGACACAUAUGUCAAGUGUUAUCUACGAGAUGGGGACCGUUGGCUGCAAAAACGUAAAACGCAUGUAUAUCGCCACUCCUGUGAACCACAGUUUAGACAAACGUUGAGAUAUCAGGCUUGUGAUGUCCUCGGACGCACGCUUGUUAUUAUGCUGUGGGAGAGACAGCGUGGGUUUGAACAUAACCAAGGCCUAGGUGGCGCUGAGAUCUCUUUGGACCUGCUCACCCUAACCCAACUUACAACUGGUUGGUAUCCGUUGUUCCCAAUUCAUUCCCUGGGCUCCGAUUCGAAUGAUUCUCCGUAAAACAUGUAAAACAAAAUGGAGUUUACAUUUUAUGAUUGAUUAAUCAUGGCGACGCUUUUGCAGUGCCAGAAGAUGAUGGUACGUACUAAACGUUGAUUGGGGCAUUUAUGAGUGUUAAACGUAACGUAAUGAACCACACACCAAUCACAAUAUAUAAUUUAACGAGUAGCGCAGUUACAUAACCUAACAAAACCAAUCAAAAUUCGCACAUAUUCAGAAUCGCAUAUCAAACUCGAGAAAUCAAAUUAUUCAAACUUUAUUCAAGAAGACGAAAAAAUCAGAUAGUUGAUGUAGAUAUGAAAUAAAGUCAUGCAAGUGCUUUACAUAGGACUUCCGGGGGCCUAUUUAAAAGUACCACACGACGUUGUCAGUAAAACAGCGUCGAAAGUUUCGUAGGUACGCGGCGAUAAGAAUGAAAACAAUCUCUCUGCUUUCAAGUGAAGUUUAUUUCGCGGUAAACGACAAUAUCUAGAUUAAACGGAACUCUAAGAAUCAUCCAACUUUUGAUUACACCUUCCAUUUAUUUCCGUAUUUCCGUGUCUUCUAACUACUUGAGCGCUUGAUAUUAAUAAACUUUUUUUCGAGGGACUUACGUACUUAGAUCUACUUUAGAGCUUAUAUCAAUUUGCACAAAACGUUGAGUUUGCAACAAACACGUAAUCGAGAGACUGAAUCUGCUUAAUUUAAAUAAAUUGGAGGAGUGGUCUUCCUGGCUUAAAAUACAGAAAGUGAUAUCCUAUGUAACAUGAAACGGCGUGUUCUAAUUUUAACGUUUUGAUACCAUUCACAAGGUUGGACGCCAUUCGGACGCCAUUUUGAUGCAUUUUGUUUCGCAUGUCACAUCACAUGGCCUAAUCGUAAUCAGUAAUAUUGAUGAGAUAGUUUAGUUUAGCAAGGAGGUAAUUUUGAGUUUUUUUGAUGAAUGAGAGUACCUACAUUACUUACACGUACAAGCUGUUGGUGUUCUCUUGUUCUAACUUAUUCUAAGUAUUUGAAUAAAGAAACAAAAGGCCUAAAUCAGAGAAAACGCGACAAUCUUUCCUAUAAAUUAUAAAAUAUUGUAUAUCGUCCGACGACGUAGUUGUGGCGGCGACAAGUCUACGUUUACUACAUUUACUAUUGUAAGCAUAAACGUCUAUGAAUAUUAAAUCAGUGUUGCUAAAACUCAAUUAAAACUACGUAACUAAAUGAUGCGUUUUGGGAGAUGAAACAUUUAAACUUGACAUUUACAGUAAAAGAUGUAAAGCUGACGAGAGUUAAAAUAGCGAAUAUAAUAUCUUUAAACCCCUUGACUUGGGCAAAAAUGUAAAAUGUAAAGGACGUUUAUUCCUGUUCGGCUGGUUGACAAUCUUUCAUAUUGUAACAAGUGAAUACUACACGUAAAAAUUAGCUAUCACAUAGAUAGGAAUCAUAUACAAUACACAUAUAUUUAUAUACUUACACACAAACAUCUGGCGUUAAUGCAUAAUCAUAAUGUUUAAGAACAACGUUCAGAGUUUGGGUUAUGUUUGACUUUGAGUUAACCUCCAAAAAAUAUUCCUAACCCCUAUGCAUACACAACUAAAAAGGAAAUGAUAUAAAUAUAAAAAUAUAUAUAAUGAAUAAAUAUAUGUUGUUGCUGUUCAACUUAAAUGAGUAAUAUACUACAAUAACUCGUGGUUACAUGCAUAAAUCAAUCAUCAGUACAAACAUAUUUAAUUUACACGCAAUCAUAGUCAAUGUAAAAGACAUUGUUUAUCGAACGUUGAGAAUCGUAUGCUUUAACGACCGUCAAAUAUAUCAAAUCUUCUAUAUACAAUGUUGACGAUACUUUCAGAUUCUAUAUCAAUCAUUCUAGGUUCGAAACCGAUGGUUCUAACAAUCAAUAACAAACAAAACAGGGUGUUGCUUUGUAUAAUUGUUACAAAUGUAUUCAUGUACUGUACACUGUGUACGUUUGUUUUGAGAUUGCAUUGUAAAUGUUGAAUAACUGCGGAUUAUUUGAUGUUGCUUUUAGUUUUCAUUGUAUUUUUGUGUAAAAUUGCGUUGCAGCGUCAAAAAAUCUGUUUUUAUUCAACAGAAGACACUGAAAGACAAAUAUCAAGUUGUUGUCCAUGAUGAGCCUAGAGAAGGGCCUUAAAAAGACAGAUACGGGUGUAAAACACGAAGAAGUGUAUAAAUUUAUAAAUAAUUUAAAGUAUUUAGACAGAGAAAGAGUUUACUUACGAAUAUAUUGUAAUUGUUUAAUUCGUGCAAUGAUGAUAAUGAGAAGCAGGAAACAAAGACGUAUUUUAUUGCGUUUUGUGCUAAAUAAAGUUGAAACCCUAAAAAUAAUAAACUAAAUGUGAUGUUCAAUAAAUGUUACUAUAUAAUGCAGAGAGAAAUAAACAUGACACAUGUGAAAGUC